CUACAGUACCCCGAGUAUAUAUGGAGUAGAUUCUAAUACCCGAACGAUCUUCUAGAGCUAAUCAACUAUGGCCACGGCCACUCACCUCCCCUGGGAGAUCAUCGUUGAUAUUCUCUGCCGAUUACCGGUGGAAGAUCUGCUCCGGUACAGGGCCGUAUCAAUCGCCACCUCAAGCUCUCUCCGGAUUCCACCUCCCGGCUCGGUUUCGUCUUCGGCGGCAGCAACGGCCUCUACUGGACCUCCUUGAACGGUCUCAACUCGUUCGCGCCACUCACUUACCCGAUCGACGCCGGAACAGGGAUCAGCGUUCACGGGAGCUGUAACGGAUUGCUGGCUCUUAUGAACCCUAAUUCGGAUAUGGCGAUUUGGAACCCGUCCACUCGGAGGUACAUAGUUUUACCUAUUUCCGAUCAUUUCCAAUCCUUUCCCUGCCACGAAUUCGAGAUUUUCCUCACCGGAUUUGGGUACGACCCAAUUAAUGACGACUAUAAGUUGCUAUUGCUGAUCGAAUUUCAAGGGCUAUUCAAACCAUCUUUUCACCGCGAUGUCAAGAUUUACAGUUUAAAUGCUAAAACCUGGAAGAAAAUUGAUAAUUUUCCUGCUAAUGUCUCUUACUGUCGUAACAACGGGGUACUCUUUGGAAAUUCUCUGCACUGGUUGGUGAAGUCUAAACCUGAUAAUUCCAACCUGAUUUUGGCCUUUGAUCUUGUCAAUGAAAACUUCCGCGAGAUCGAACUGCCACAAAACAAUUGCUUUUGUGUGAAGCUGGUGAAUUUAGGAGGCUCACUUUGUGCUGUAAUUUUAUCAAAGGUAGCUGCAAUGGUUGAGGUGUGGGAGAUGAAAGAAAAUGGAGUAGCUAAGGAGUCAUGGGCUAUAAUUUUCUCUGUUCCGUCCACAACUCCCACUCCCCCUUUCAACUAUUUCAUCCCGGUUGCCUAUGUGAAGAACGGCGAUCAGGUUUUGGUCCAGGACAGUGAAAAACUAUUUGUGUUUGAUAUCAAAAGGAGAAAGAUGAUCAAGAGGGCGGUGGGUUCCGGUUUUCCUAAAAUUUGUGAUGCCCUUGUUUGCAUGAAAAGCCUUGUGGGACUUGAAUUUGCAGAAAGCACUUGGAAAUGGAAGAAGAGCAGCAUCAAGAUUAAAGAAAAGAGGGGAAGUGGUAAAAAGAGAGAUGAUUUCCUUUCCAAAGGAUUUAAACUGGCAUUAUAAUUAAGCGGAGGAUGAAGAAGAAGAUGCGAUGCAGGAUUCGGGUUGAAGCAGCCAGCGGAAGCAAUUCGUUUUGGUCUCGAACACAAGAAUCAUGUUUUUGACAAGACCUAGUUAUGAAUUGUGAUGAAAUUCUUGUUUUUUUGUUACUGGUGAGUAGUGAUGACUUGUUGGGAUGUUUUCUUUUUUCUUUUUUGUUAUCAGUCUUCCGUUAAAUAUAUAUGCUGCUGGUUAUUUUAAGGAAUUAUCGUGGGCGGACCGGUGUGUCACUGAAUUGGUAUCCGAAUUUGCGACAUUUUCAAAACAAUUUUAAACAAAUGUUCUAUCAAUACAUAUAAAAAUUCAUCGGAGUAAUUUAAAAUAAUGCGGAAGCCUUUUUAAAGUCAAACAACUUGGGAUCUUGCCCGAAAACGUAAUAAGCAUUAAAGUUAAUUAAAUAAAGCAUAAUCAACACAUUAAAGAGACAGCCACGCU